CAGUGACGAGCGGCCGUGUCGAUGAUCUGCAGAACAGUACCAGCAGCACACACCAGAGGGCGCAGGAUCUCCUCCUGUUCAUCCAGAACUUGACAGUGGAUAUAAACGACAUCAUUCAGAUGUCGAACAGGUCGUCGACGAACGACACGGAGGCCGAGCAGGACGACGAGGAGCGGGAGAGGAAGAUGAGGGAGGUGCAGGCGAUGCUGAGGGAGAUGAGGUUCAGGAGCUGUGUGGGACAGAAGAGAAUGGCCGACAGAGAGAAGACGGAGGCGGAGAAACUGUUGCACCGCGUUAACAAGGAGUUGGCGAAUCGUCAGGGAGAAAACAACGACAUGGCCAAAGCCGUCAGAGACCGUCUGUCCCGCUUCCUCUCUGAGAUGAUGGACCUGCGAGACGCCCUGAACGAAGCCGUCAACAACACGGCGAGAGCAGCAGAGGUCAACAACGUCAACGAGAAAACCCUGGAGGACAAUCAGAGGAAGAUGGACGACCUGCUGUCCGAGCAGAAGGAGGUGAUGGAGCAGUUGAACAUGGCUGAAGACGACGUGGCGCAGGUCAACGACCUCCUGUCCAUGCUGCACGACUCCAAAGAGGAGUACGAACGCUUGGCCGCUCAGCUGGACGGAGCCCGGACACCGCUGGUGAAGAAGGUGCAGGACUUUGCUUGGGUCGAGUCCAAGAUCCCCCUGGUGGAGGAGGCGGAGAAACACGCGGCGCUGCUGGACGCUUUAGCCACGAACCUGAGCAGUUUGGUCGCAGAAACUAAGAAGGAAGGAAUCGUAGACACGACUCAGGCCUACAACAAGAUUAUCAACAGCAUCAAGGAGGCAGAGGAGGCCGCCAACAUGGCCGCCAAGGCCGCCAACGCCACUUGGGAGAACGUAAAGAACCAGGACCUCGGGCAGAUCGCAGAUUCUCUGAGGAACCACAGCGUGGACCUGAAGGACGAAGUCGAAAAGCUCAAUGAGGAACUCAACAACGAGCUGAAGCCGCAGAUCGACGAGGCUCAGAAACGACUCGAUGACGCCAAAAACAAACAGGUUCAGGUGAUGAAGGAUCUGGAGACGAUUCAGAAAAACCUCAACUUCACCUCGA